AUGGCGCACAAUUCACUCAUCGUAACAUCCGCACUGACACUCAUCGUCAUGUCGCUUCUCCCACCCGUGCUCUCAGUCAGCAAAGUCUUCGGUCUCGGUCCCGGCCCACAGAUCGUAUCCGAUCAAUUCCCGUCUCAGUUUGCCUACCCCCUAGACCAGCAAGACGCCAGCUUCGCAUGCUCGCCCUUCACGCCUCUCUUCAUUGAUGGUCCCAUCUUCGUCUCUCGCACAGCGCGCAUUGGUGCUGGCCCUGAACCCCAAUUCCAGGUCUACGGUGCCUCUCUACGACAUACUCUGAUCGAGCCUUGGUUGGAGCCUGUCAACAUGACCGAUCAGAUUGUUCUUGCCGACUCCACCGCGAAAGCUUUUACGAUGAACGAUCCCACCGUUGCAUUUCAGAUCACAUUCCUCGAGUAUUCGGGUGUCAAGUUCACAUACUCCAACUACGAUCCAGAGACGCGAUGUUUCGACGUUGCGCUGAAGCGGAAGUGGAAGUCGAAAUGGAGAUUGACGGUCGGAGAGACGCCCGAGGCGAAGGAUCUCGAUACUCUGAACAGCUUGAACACGGGAACGAAGUUUUGUAAGGACAAUCUGGUUAUUCGGUUGAGUCGACAGCCUUUGAAGAGAUACUAG